UGAACCCCCAUCACCAAAUGACUAAACCAACCCCAACAUCUUCUCUCCACACUCAUCUCUGCAUCCUGCUCUUCCUCCCCCUCCUCCUCAUCAGCCAUGCCAACUCUCAGUCAUUGCAAGACCAAGAACAAGCUGUUCUGCUAAAACUAAAGUCAUACUUGCAAUCUCCACCGUUCCUCAGCCAUUGGAUUCCAUCAACAUCAAACACUUCCCACUGUUCCUGGCGGCCUCAGAUCACCUGCACAAACAACUCCGUCACCGGAUUGUCUCUGGUCAACACGAACAUCACCCUACCAGUUCCACCUUUUAUUUGUGAUCUCAAGAACGUCACACUCAUUGAUCUCAGCUACAACUACUUUCCUGAAGAGUUCCCAAAAGCUCUCUACAACUGUUCAAAGCUACAGUACUUAGACCUCUCUCAAAACUACUUUGUUGGCAAGAUUCCUGACGAUAUCGACAGCCUGCCUCGGCUUCAAUACCUCAGCCUUGCCAAUAACUACUUUUCUGGUGACAUACCGGCGGCUAUUGGGCGGUUACAAGAGCUCAGGAACCUGCAGCUGCUUUCGAACCACUUUACUGGUCCCGUGCCACCAGAAAUAGGUAACUUGUCCAAUCUUAUAGACCUAAGUCUCUCUUACAAUACAGAUCUUGUGCCGUGGAACAUGCCUUCAAAUUUCACCCAGUUGAAAAUUUUGAAGACUUUAUGGAUACGAGAAUCAAAUUUGAUCGGACAGCUCCCGGGAACACUCGGGGAAAUGGCAGCACUGGAAGAAUUGGAUUUGGCAAAGAACAGUUUGAAUGGGACAAUCCCACGUGGCUUGUUUCUGUUGAAGAAUUUGAGUAUAAUCUAUCUCUUCAGGAACAGCCUGUCCGGGGAUUUACCUCAAAUGGUUGAAGCAUUGAACUUGCAAGUUAUUGAUCUUUCUGACAACCAUUUAACAGGGCCAAUACCAAAAGAUUAUGGAAAGCUUACCAAGUUAACAGGGUUAGCUUUGUUUUAUAAUGGUUUUUCUGGUGAGAUUCCAGCAAGCAUUAGCCAUCUACCAAAUCUCAUAGAUUUCAAAGUGUACGACAAUAACUUGACAGGAACAUUGCCUCCGGACUUUGGGAGGUAUUCAGAGCUUGGAGGGUUCGAGGUUUCGGGGAAUAGGCUCACUGGUAAACUGCCAGACCAUUUGUGUUAUUUGGGUAAGCUGGAAGGACUUGUAGCUCAUGAGAACAAUCUCACUGGGGAGUUACCAAGCUCUCUUGGAAAUUGCACUAGUUUGGUGAUAGUCAAGGUUAAUGAUAAUGGGUUGUCUGGGGUGUCUUCCUGGACGAAUUUGAAGGUUUUUGACGCCGGUAAUAACCUUUUUAACGGUACUAUCCCUCAGGAACUUACUGCUCUUCCUGGCUUAAUCACUCUUUCUCUUGAUCAGAAUCAGCUUACUGGCUUCCUUCCAUCAGAGAUUAUGUCAUGGAAAUCACUCAACACUCUUAAUUUCAGUCGAAAUCAACUCUCUGGACCAAUUCCAGAGAAACUUGGUCUUCUACCAGUCCUUACUGAACUGGAUCUUUCAGAAAACCAACUUUCUGGCCAAAUUCCAGCUCUGCUUGGGCGUCUGAAGCUCAACCAUUUCAAUCUCUCUUCCAAUCACCUAUCUGGGAAGAUCCCAAUUAAAUUUGAGAAUCCUGUUUAUGUCAAAAGCUUCUUGGACAAUCGAGAUCUCUGUGCAACUAGCCCAUUAGCAAAACUCAAGAUAUGCAAGUCCAGCAAAAUUUUGAUCUUAACUUUCAGCAUACUUUUGUCCUUUUUGGCUUUGUCCUUAUCAUUCUUCAUGGUCAGAGCUUAUUGGAAGAGAAACAGAUCGGAUUCUAAUUGGCAGCUCACCGCAUUUCAGAGGUUGAAUUUCACAGUGUCAAAAAUUAUCUCUGGGGUUACAGAAAAUAAUCUGGUUGGAAGUGGAGGAUCAGGAAAGGUUUAUCGUGUUCCUGUGAAUCGUACAGGUGACGUGGUUGCCGUGAAAAAGAUUUGGAAAGAUAAGAAGUUAGAAGAGAAGCUUGAAAAAGAAUUUCUUACAGAAGUCAAGAUAUUGAGUUCCAUUCGACAUGCCAACAUAGUGAAGCUGAUGUGCUGUAUAUCCAAGGACAAUUCAAAACUUCUUGUCUAUGAGUACUCAGAGAAUCGAAGCCUGGAUCAAUGGCUUCACAAGAGAAACAGGCCAUCCAAUCUCACGAGUUCAGUCCACCAUGUUGUGUUGGACUGGCCUAAGAGGUUGCAGAUUGCAGUGGGAGCUGCUCGGGGCCUCUGCUACAUGCAUCACGACUGUGUGCCACCCGUUGUGCAUCGAGACAUGAAAUCGAGUAACAUUUUGUUAGACUCUGAUUUUAAUGCAAAAAUAGCUGAUUUUGGUCUUGCCAAGAUCUUGGUCAAGCAAGGAGAACUUGGUACAGUGUCAGCUGUUGCUGGCUCCUUCGGCUACAUUGCUCCAGAAUAUGCUCACACAACACGCGUGAACGAGAAGAUUGAUGUAUAUAGUUUUGGGGUCAUCCUUCUGGAGUUGACCACCGGAAGGGAAGCUAAUGACGGCGACGAACACACUUCUCUUGCUGAAUGGGCGUGGCGCCACUUUCAAGAAGACAACCCUCUUGUCAAUGCUCUGGACCAGGACAUCAAAGAACCUUGUUACUUGGAUGAAAUGUGCUCCGUUUUCAAACUUGGCAUCUAUUGCACCGAGAGACUUCCUUCUGCUAGGCCUUCCAUGAAGGAGGUUCUGCAUAUCUUGCUCCGAUGCUCAACAAAAGUCACCCCACCAUUGAGAAGAUUUGGAGAUGCAAGCAACUUAAUUCCCUGA